AUGGACCAUAUCAAAGCCUGAAGCCUUGACAGCCUCCAAAACAGGAUUUGUGUGUCAGCGCCCAGCUGGCGGAUGGCCAUUCUCCCUGUGGUGUGAGGAACUGGAUAGCCUUCACCUAUACUGUUCGUAUAAGGACUUCCUGUCUGCUGUUAUGGAUAGCCACCAUCUUGGUGACAACUAACAGUCCUCUCCAGCCCAUCUCUACAUAGUGUUGGCAGAACUGUUAGCUGAGGAUUACCUGAAUCAUUUAAUGUCCCAUGAGAUGCAAGAAAUCAUUGGUUGAAGUGUUCUGUCCGGGUGAAAUUAUGAUCCUGUUGCUAAUGUAAGGUAUACUCCAAGACGACACUUUGUCGCUGAAGUUUUGUGGUGGCCAUACUGUCACUGUGCCGUGAAUAAAAACACCAACAUAGCUCCCAAAAUACCCAAAGCUCAUUUGGAACUAUGCCCUGUCCAUCUCCUCCCUCUUUUCCCUAUCUUGCACCCCGUUCAGUCUUUUUCACUGGACUGCUGCUUCUGGCCCAGUGGGGGCCCUUAGAGGUCAGUUGCCAGAAUGACACAGAGCCAAUCGUGUUGGAGGGAAAGUGUCUGGUGGUGUGCGACUCCACCCCCUCUGCAGAGCCAUCGGGUAAUGCUUUGGGCAUGUCGGUGAGGUCAGGAACCGGUCGUGUGGCGUUUUCAGCCAUCCGUAACACCAACCAUGAACCCUCGGAAAUGAGCAACCGCACUAUGACCAUCUACUUUGACCAGAUCCUUGUAAACGUUGGCAGCCAUUUUGAUCCAGCGAGGAGUGUCUUCGUAGCCCCUAGAAAAGGAGUCUACAGUUUCAGCUUUCAUGUUGUCAAAGUUUACAACCGGCAGACAAUACAAGUGAGUUUGGUUCUCAACGGCUGGCCCGUGAUUUCAGCUUUUGCAGGUGAUCAAGACGUGACCAGGGAAGCUGCCACCAAUGCCGGGCUAGUGAUGAUGGAAAGAGGAGACAAGGCUUACCUGAAACUGGAGAGGGGGAACCUGAUGGGAGGGUGGAAGUACUCCACCUUCUCCGGGUUUCUUGUGUUCCCCUUGUAAAUUAGGUUUAGGGAUGAUGGGAGAUCAUGUUCUUGUCAUAGUCAAUGGCAUGGAGGGGUGAUCAGGGUAUAAAAUUAAAAUAGUUUUGGGGUGUUAUUUGACAGAAACGAGGAAGCAUCCAUAGAUACACAUUGAAUUCCAUGCUGAAGAUGCAUCAAAUGGCUUUGAUGCAUCUUCAUAAGUAUCACAUGAAUUGGUGAAUUCACUCUGCACCAAAUAAUCCUGAAUGUAAUCACUUUUAUGGCUCACUUUUGUCUGACCACUGUAAUGUGUCGUCCAUGCUUGCUUACACCAGAUGUCAGUCUGUCAGGUCUGUGAUUGUCCUUUAAUGCAUGCAAUACAGAGUUGCAAAUCUUUGUGGCAAUAAAGAAAAUGAUUGUGUUAUUCACUAGAAGUACACUGCUGCCAAGGUUACUUAUCUGUGGGCUAUAUAUGUUAACAUUUUGGCAAAUUGGCACCAUUAAAAGUACGCCAAAUCA